AUGUUGUCGAGAGUCAUUGUUAGACAAGCUCGGACGUUUGCCCUGAGUGCCGCCAGACUCUCUGCUCCUGAACACUUGGAGUUCCAAAACAAGUUGGAAAAUGUCGUCGACCAGGUACCCAACGAGAUUAUUUCGGGCGCUCCCAAGGAAUUGACCACUUCUCGUGUGGUGAGAAUCUACCAAGAAUCCAAGUACGCCACUCAGUCAGGUACUCACAACACCGAUGUCUGGAAGUUAGACUGGGAUGUUUUGGGCGCUGGUAACCGUUGGGAAAACGAUUUGAUGGGUUACCAAGGCUCUUCGGACUACAUGCAGGGUACCAUUAUGAAGUUUGAUACUAAAGAAGCCGCCAUCCGUUUCGCUCAAGGUCAAGGUUGGGAUCACUACGUGCAAGAACCAAACAAGCGGAGAUUCAGAAAGAAGGACUACUCGAUCAACUUCUUGCACUCGAAGGGCCCCUUGAAGCACAUCAGAACCAAAUAA